CUCCCUACGGCACCUAGCGGACCGCACGUCCCGGUUUGUCCGCGCCGGGUCACCUGACUCCGCCGAGCCACAAACCUGAGGAGGGGCCGGGAGGAGCAGGAGGAAGAGGCAGCAGCACUAACAUUAGUCGAAGAUGUCGGGUCAGACGCUGACAGAUCGCAUCGCAGCUGCUCAGUACAGCGUUACAGGAUCAGCUGUAGCCAGAGCCGUCUGCAAAGCAACCACACAUGAAGUGAUGGGGCCCAAGAAAAAACACCUGGACUACUUGAUCCAGGCAACCAAUGAGACCAAUGUUAAUAUUCCUCAAAUGGCUGAUACUCUCUUUGAGCGAGCAACAAAUAGUAGCUGGGUGGUGGUGUUCAAAGCCUUAGUUACAACACAUCAUCUAAUGGUUCAUGGCAAUGAGAGAUUUAUUCAGUAUUUGGCAUCUAGAAACACGCUAUUCAAUCUCAGCAAUUUUUUGGACAAAAGUGGUUCACAUGGAUAUGAUAUGUCUACCUUCAUAAGGCGUUACAGUAGAUACUUGAAUGAAAAAGCAUUCUCCUACAGACAAAUGGCAUUUGAUUUUGCAAGAGUGAAGAAAGGAGCUGAAGGUGUAAUGAGAACAAUGGUUCCAGAAAAGCUAUUGAAAAGCAUGCCAAUAUUACAGGAACAAAUUGAUGCACUUCUUGAAUUUGAUGUUCAUCCAAAUGAAUUGACAAAUGGCGUCAUAAAUGCUGCAUUUAUGCUUCUCUUUAAAGAUCUUAUCAAGCUUUUUGCAUGUUACAAUGAUGGAGUUAUUAACUUACUAGAGAAAUUUUUUGAGAUGAAAAAGGGACAGUGUAAAGAUGCUCUUGAAAUUUACAAACGAUUUCUGACUAGAAUGACUAGAGUAUCUGAAUUUCUUAAAGUUGCAGAGCAAGUUGGAAUUGACAAAGGAGACAUUCCUGAUCUCACACAAAUCUGGUGCUCCUUCUCCCUUAAGCAAGUCUUCUCCAGCCACAACUGUUACAUCUCCUAAUUCUACCCCAGCAAAAAGUAUUGAUACUUCUCCACCAGUUGAUCUCUUUGCAACUUCAUCUACAGCCGCUCCUGUCAGCACUUCCAAACCAUCCAGUGAUCUUCUAGAUCUUCAGCCAGAUUUCACAUCUACUGGGCAAGCAGCUCCAACUGCUGCAGCAGGAGCAACUUCAUGGGGAGCUUCAUUCCUCUGUUCCACAAAAAUAUCUGUAACGGCUGUAAUGGACAAUGUUACAGACCUCUUGGGAGAGGACAAUCUGGCAGCGCUUUCCAGUGUUACUUCUGAGCCACAGAUUUCAGAUCCAUUUGCUCCAGAGCCUAGCCCAACUACUGCUGCAACUACUGAAAUUGCAACUGCUUCAGCGUCUGCUACAACUACAACAACCAUUACUGCUGUCACUGCUGAAGUGGAUCUCUUUGGAGAUGCCUUUGCAGCUUCUCCUGGAGAAGCCCCUGCGGCACCUGAAGGGGCAGCAGCACCAGCUACCCCAACCCCUGUAGCAGCAGCACUUGAUGCAUGUUCAGGAAAUGACCCCUUUGCCCCAUCUGAAGGUAGUGCAGAGGCUGCUCCCGAGCUGGACCUCUUUGCUAUGAAGCCAACUGAGACCAGUGUUCCUGUAGUUACCCCUACUAGUGCAGCUACUCCAGCUCCCGCAACUACUCCUUCUCCAGCUGCCACUGCUGCCACUGCUACUGCUGCUACAGCAACAACCACUACCACCACAGCCACCACAUCUGCCACCACCACUACCACCACUUCCGCUCCUCCUGCUCUAGAUAUCUUUGGUGAUUUAUUUGAGUCUGCUCCUGAUGCUCCCGCAGCGCCUAAACCAGAUGCUACUCCUAACAUAGACCUGUUUGGUACAGAUGCUUUUUCAUCUCCACCACAUGGAACUUCUCCUGUGCCUGAGACUUCUCUCACUGCUGAUCUCUUAUCUGUGGAUGCAUUUGCAGCACCAUCUCCUCUACCCGUUGCCUCUCCAGCAAAAGUGGAUUCUUCAGGUGUGAUUGACCUAUUUGGUGAUGCUUUUGGAAGUAGUGCUUCUGAACCCCAACCUGCAACCCAGACAGCUUCUAGUUCCUCAGCUUCUGCAGACUUACUGGCUGGCUUUGGAGGUUCUUUCAUUGCUCCCUCUCCAUCACCAUCACCAGUUACUCCAGCUCAAGCCACCUUAUUACAGCCCAACUUUGAAGCAGCUUUUGGAACAUCACCAUCAACUGGUGGCAGCUCAUUUGAUCCAUCAGUGUUUGAUGGUUUAGGUGAUCUUCUUAUGCCAACUAUGAUUCCAUCUGGUCAGUCUGUAGCAGCUUCAGCUGCUACAGCUUCAGCAGCAAGCAAAGGCCUUGGAAGUGAUCUUGAUUCAUCUCUCGCAAAUUUAGUAGGCAAUCUUGGAAUUUCUGGCACCAUAUCAAAAAAGGGAGACCUUCAGUGGAAUGCUGGAGAAAAGAAGUUAACGGGAGGAGCUAACUGGCAACCAAAAGUAGCACCUGCAACAUGGUCAACUGGUGUUCCUCCAACUGGUCCCUUGAAAGGUUGGGCAAUAUUCUAUUAUACUGGAACUGUGCCUCCAGCAAGUGCUAUUCCUCCUGCCUCAGGUGUCCCCCCAGUUGCACAGACAGGAUCAGGAUUUGGAAUGCCUCCUUCUGGACCAAGUGUAUCCAUGAUGCCUCAGCAGCCAGUUAUGUAUGGACAACCUAUGAUGAGGCCACCAUUCGGAGUUGCAUCUGGACCUGGUGCACAACUCUCUCCAAGCCCUACUCCUGCCACUCAGAGUCCCAAGAAACCUCCAACAAAGGACCCAUUAGCAGAUCUUAACAUCAAGGAUUUCUUGUAAACAAUUAAGCUGCAGUUUUUCUGACUGGAUAGUUAAAAAUGUGAGUUUGGAGUCUACAAAUCACAGAUUGAUGCUCAGAGUUUCAAAGUGAGCCACCAGUACCAAACCCAGUGCUUAUUCAGACUUUCUCUUACUUCCGAAACGUGUAGCACAGCUGUGAAAGUGAACGUUAGGAAUGUAUACUACCGUAGCUGUUACCCCUACUCUCUCUCAAUUUGUGUACUUGGGUUAUUUGUGUUCUCCAGUUUAAACAAUGGAUGUACGUUUCUAAUGCCUUCUAGUGCUUUUCUGAACCUAUUCAGUGGGGGCAGAUUAUGCAGCUGUUGUGUGGUGAGCCAUUUGGAGCGAUGUGUCUGUGUUUUUGAAGGUUUCAAUGUAUAUAACUUUUGACGAACACCUGAAAUUUCCCUAAAAGUUAAGUUUCUUCUUUAUCUGUUACAAAACAUAGUGUGAUAAUACCAAUAGUAAGAAACACUUAACUAGACAAAAUCUUUGUGUGAAAUACAUUUUUCCCAGUCACAGGAAUUUCAAUUGUUGUGAGAAAUGUUUUAUUUUUAUGGCACUGUAUAUGUUAUAUUAUAAUUUAAAGUAAUAUAAAGGUAAAUUUCCAUAACAAAUACUCCUUUCAAGUUACUUUACCAAUAAUGAAAAAUCAUAUCUGAAAGAAUACUAUAUCUAUCACUUUUUUAAUUUAAAAUAUAUUUUAAUUCUUUGAGUUCUUGCAUUUAAAUUCGCUUAUUUAUCAGUUCUUGCUAAAUGCAUUGAAAAUAAGUAAAGGGUCAGUUUCUCUCCAUGUAGCUGAAAAAAGCAGCCAUAGUUGUGCUGACAUUAAAGAAUGUCAAAUAUGAAAGCACUCUUUGGUGUGUCUGUAGUUAUAACAUUAUUGCAUUUUUAUUUAACUCUUUUAUGUACAUCUGUUAUUUUAGUGCUUACCUGUGUGUAUGCCUUAGAGUAGCGUAUUUCCAUUCCCCAACUAUGCUGUGAGUAGUUUUUGUACUAUUUGUGAUUAGACCUCAUUCUGAUCCAGAGAACCACACCCUUUACUGUACAUAUUGUGUUUCUUUAAUUUUUAGUUUGUUCUCCUACUGUUUGUGCUGAUGGCUUGGCUUAAGAUUUUGACUCUUAAAUGAGGUCACUGUUGAUCAGUGUUACAAGUGGCUUGGCAGCUCUUUGUUCAAAGCAUAUUGAAUUGGAAAGAUGUUCACCUAAGUCUUUCAAACUAACUAUUUAAUCAAUGUCUGGUACCAUUAAAAGUGGUUGUAUCUGAAUUAACUGUGGGGAUAACAUACACUCUAAUGGGGGGAAAAGUUAUAUAAAGCUAAUUUCAAAAUAGCUUUUCUUUGUAUUUUGGUUUAAGAACCCAGUGCAUGUAUGCCCUCUGAGAUGCAAUAAACACCUUGAUCAAAGUAAA